AUGGAAUCCGGCCUCAGCAACCCAUACCUCAUCUUCUACCCUUCCAAAGUUGACUUUGUUAAGAUUCGAAAGUCGUUUGUUGCUACAAUCUCUCUUGACUUUGGCAAGAAAGGCGACUCUAAGAUUGAGAUUAUCAACAGCAGCGUUGGCUACAAUGUCACUCUACAUGCCGGUGUCAAGAUUAUGCGGUCUGCAAUUCCCCCAAGAUCAGAUGUUUCCGACAGUGUCUAUGAUUUGAACCAAUCUGGAGAAACAUGGAAGCCUGCUGUGAUUAUGGACCUGUUCCUUCCAGAGGUGGUUCAAAUGGUCUUAAAUCUGGUGAUAUUUGCCUCCCUUAUUCCUGCCUAUGAGAUUGGCCUUGCUGCCACAAGGAGUUCUUCUGUUUCCGUUUCCAUUACUACAUGCGGCAUUGUGGCAGCCUUUGUUCUUCAAUUGUUCCUAUGGAUACUUUUAUCCCGAGUUGUUGAAAAGGCCUUGUUGAUUCUGCCAAGGUAUGCUCAACAGAGUUUCGUUGGAGUUUACAUCAACCAUGUCUGGAUUUUUAGAGUAGGAAACUGGCUUGUUUUCCUUCUCUAUGGAACUCCAAUGUUUGUGUACUAUGCUCGCAUGAUGGGUGCAACGGUUGAAGGGGAGCUUUGGUAUUUUGGCAAUGCUCUCUAUGAGUAUGAGUGCUUGCAUUUCAAGGGAAUCACAGUUGUUGAUAGUGCCCACGUGAGUGGGCACUACAUUGAUCUCAAUGGGCUUACUAUUGAUGACACCUAUGUGUCUGGGUUGUUGCAUCCAGGUUGUUAUGCUUCUGCUGGGUCAGAGGUAUCUGCUGCGGAGCAUGGUCCAUGGAAAGUAUUCUUAAGAAGUGAUAUGAGUGUCCAGGAUUCAAAGUGUUUGUUGAGAGAUGUGGAGAGUCCAGAGGGUAGUACAAAGGAGGACUCUGACCAUCAGAUGCCACUUGAGUUGGAUGUGUAG